ACAAUAAACAUGAGGAAGAAAACAUGACCGUCUCAAGAAAUUUCUACAUGAUAUGCUAAAUCAUUAGAACUUGUUAGGGUUGUGUGAUUGUAAUUUUAUAGCAAUGCAUUUGGUUAGAACAGGAUCACUCUUAAAAUUUAACAAUCCUAGUCAAUAUAGAAGAAUUGUACAUGAAACAUGGAAAUCUAUUCAUAUUUUUCAUCAAAACAGCAAAAGAAAAAAAAUAUUACUUCAGCUUAAUUUCACCAAAUUCUGUUAUAAUCGUCAAUCACCAAAUAAACACAGCAAAUUUCAUACUAGUCCAAGACGUCAUUUUGAUCCAACAGUUUGGCCAAUUAUUAGGAAUGUCUUGAAAGGAACAGGAAUUAUUAGUGGAAGAGGUUUUAGACAAUGGUGGCAAGCACUUCCAGAUAAAAAACGAAGAUACUUCUUUCAUUCUGCCAGAAAAAAGCGCCAUGAACUUAUAUUACUAAUCACAUUGUUGGGCUGCUGUUUUUAUGUUUACCAUCGGACACAUCUGCAGGUGGCACCAGUUUCAGGAAGAGAGAGGUUUAUUGCUUUUACAGAUUAUCAGUUUGAUAAAAUUAUGGAAUUUCAAGCUCAAAAGUUAUGUGCUGAAUUAAAAGGAAAGUUCCUCCCUGCUAAUCACUUGUACUAUGGUGUAGUUCUGAAUACAUUGAAUGUACUGAUUAAUGCCAAUCAAGACAUCAGUCAGGUCAAGGACGUAAAGUGGACAGUAGCUAUAGUUGAGGACCCUGCAGUCAAUGCUGUUGUAUUAUCAACAGGUCAUAUAUUUGUAAACCGAGGGCUGAUAGAGUUUGUACAUGAUGUGGAUCAGUUAGCUAUUGUACUAGCCCAUGAAAUGUCUCAUGCUAUUCUGAAACAUACAGCAGAAAAUUUAAGCCGGCUACAGUUAGUUGAUUACCUUGUGAUAUCUACGAUGACCACUUUAUGGGCCUUAAUGCCAAAUGAUGGGAUAGCCAUUGUUUUCCACUGGUUCCUGAACAAAGUUGUCAACGUUCUGUUAGAUUUGCCUUACAGUAGAUUCCUGGAGAAUGAAGCAGAUAAGGUUGGGUUAGAACUGGCAGCAAAAGCAUGUUAUGACAUCAGAUGUGGAACUGUAUUCUGGACAAUGAUGAGCUUGGCUGAGCAGCUUGAAGGCAGAUCUAAACCAGAAUGGUUAAGUACUCACCCAUCAUCUUUUAGAAGAGCAGAAUUAUUUGAUUGUCUCAUUCAUAAGUAUACCCAUGUACGACAUGAGUGUAAAUGUCCACCAUUACCAGAUGCAGAUCCCCGUGGUAUUCUGCAUGAUAUGAAGGUCAAAGUUGACAAUAUUGUCACAGCAAAAAAAACAAGAGCUAGAAUAGAAAGGUUCAAAAUUCAACUGCCUGACCAUGAUAAAGAUAUUUUAAGUAAAUCUCUUACAAUUGAAAGGAUCAAAGGAAGAGAAUUUUCUGUGAAAGUUGGAAUUUUACCUGGUGUAAAAGAUUCUGAUGCUUUAGGAGACAAAGAAGAAAUGAAUGAAUUGAAGGAUAAAAAUACAGAGAACAACAUCAAAGAAACAAUCGUUAACAGUUCAAGUACUGAGCAAAAUAAGAAAGUUGAUACAUAGUAUAAUGAAUGUGAAAAAUUAUAAAGUGAGCAGUUGUCAUCACCUGGCAUCUGUCUUGGC